CUGUGGUUCGGACAUGUCAUUACCGAACAUGUCUGCCUCCAUGGUGGCUAGGGCGACCGUCCGAGCAGUCAGUAAAAGAAAGAUAUUAGCCACUAGAGCGGCUUUAACGCUGACUCCAUCUGCUGUGAAUAGGAUCAGGAACUUACUCGAGGAUAAACCAGAAUACAUUGGUCUGAAGGUGGGUGUGAGGACUCGGGGCUGUAACGGUAUGACCUACACUCUGGACUUCACCAAGCAGAAAGAUCAGGCUGACGAGGAGGUGCUGCAGGACGGUGUGCGUGUAUUUAUAGAGAAGAAGGCCCAGCUCACUCUGCUGGGGACCGAGAUGGACUUUGUGGAGUCCAAGCUGUCCAGUGAGUUUGUCUUCAACAACCCCAACAUCAAGGGCACCUGCGGCUGUGGAGAGAGCUUCAACAUGUGAGAGGGCUUCCUGCUGAGGCCUGGUCUCCUAACACAGCCAAACGUCAUCCUCACACCCAUACUCGCCACCCACAAACCCCCUCUCACUCACACACACCUCCCAACCCUCUCACACCUCCCAACCCUCUCACACACACACACACACCUUACCUGGAGGCCUGUGAGUGAAGUGAAUAAAGGCCUGAUAAACAUAACGUGAGAGAAGGAGUGAGACGUGUGAGAGGAGUGAGACGUGAGAGAAGGAGUGAGACGUGAGAGAAGGAGUGAGACGUGGGAGAAGGAGUGAGACGUGAGACGCGAGAGAAGGAGUGAGACGUGAGAGAAGGAGUGAGACGCGAGAGACGGAGUGAGACGUGAAAGGAGGAGUGAGACAGACAUGGAUGUUUCUGUGCUGCUACAGAACAGGAUGAGUUGUCUUCCUGUUGCUGUGGGUCUUGUGAUGGUGUACUGUAGGGCUAAUAUAAUCUAAACACUGGGCUGUGACAUGCUGAGCCCCCUAAAACUACAUCUACCAUGAAUCUAAACACUGGGCUGUGACAUGCCGAGCCCCUUGAAACCUUGUUACAUAGACAUGCAUGCGGUUCUGGUAGUAACCAUAGACACAGUACCUGAGAGACUUGGAUAGCUGCCAAAGUAAAGGAAACACCAAUAUAUAUAGUGUCUCAAUAGGGCGUUGGGCCUCCACCAAUCAGAACAGCUUCAGUCCAUCUUGGCAUGAAUUCUACAAGUGUCUGGAACUCUAUUGGAGGGAUGAGACGCCAUUCUUUCACGAGAAAUUCCAUCAUUUGGUGUUCAAUUGGGUUGAGAUCUGGUGACUGAGACGGUGAUCGUUUUCAUGCUCAUCAAACCAUUCAGUGACCACUGCCAUCCACAGGGCAUGAAACUAAUGGCCCACCCAAAAUGUGUACACGUGACCCUAAGCAUGAUGGGAUGUUAAUUACUGAAUUUAACUCAGGAACCACGCCUAUGUGGAAGCACCUGCUUUCAAUAUACUUUGUUUCCCUAAUUUACUCCAGUGUUCCCAUUAUUUUAGUAGUUACCUGUAGGUUGAAUACAGUCACAUAAAGACAAGGACUUGUUGGGCGUGUUUGAUGGGUAAUGCUAAAGUCAGCGACUGUAGACGAGUCGAGGAAGCAGCAUGACAUUGUUUCCUGAGAGAGAAAUGGAGGUCUGUGACCGCCUCAAUAGUGCUGCCCAUGCUAUCUCAAUUUUAAAGUAGUCCAUUUUAUUAAUUGGCUGGGGCCUCCCAAGUGGCGCAACGGUGCCAAGAGUGUGCAAAGCUGUCAUCAAGGCAAAGGGUGGCUAUUUUGAAGAAUCUCAAAUAUUAAAAUAUAUUCUGAUUUGUUUAACACUUUGUUUUGGUUACUACGUGAUUCUAUGUGUUAUUUCAUAGUUUGGAUGCCUACACUAUUAUUCUACAAUGUAGAAAAUAGUCAUUAAAAAAAAUUAAGAAAAACCCUUGAAUGAGUAGGUGUUCUAAAACCCUUGAAUGAGUAGGUGUUCUAAAACCCUUGAAUGAGUAGGUGUUCUAAAACCCUGGAAUGAGUAGGUGUUCUAAAACCCUGGAAUGAGUAGGUGUUCUAAAACUUUUGACCGGUGGUGUGUAUAUAUGUGUGUGUAUAUAGGCCUAUAAAGAAUGAACUGAGUAUACAAAACAUUAGGAACACCUUCCUAAUAUUGAGCUGCACUUACUUUUGCCCUCAGAACAGCAUCAAUUCAUUGGGACGUGGACUCUACAAGGUGUCGAAAGCGUUCCACAGGGAUGCUGGCCCAUGUUGACUCCAAUGAUUCCCACAGUUGUGUGAAGUUGGCUGGAUGUCCUUUGGGUGGUGGACCAUCCUUGAUACACACAGGAAACUGUUGAGUGUGAAAAACUCAGCAGCGUUACAGUUCUUGACACAAACCGGUGCGCCUGGCACCUACUACCAUACCCUGUUCAAAGGCACUUCAAUAUUUUGUGUUGCCCAUUCACCCUCUGAAUGAUUAAAAAUCUUUCUUUAACCUGUCUCCUCCCCCUCAUCUACACUGAUUUAAGUGGAUUUAGUGACAUCAAUAAGGGAUCAUAGCUUUCACCUGGAUUCACCUGGUCAGUCUGUCAUGGAAAGAGCAGGUGUCCUUAAUGUUUUGUACACUCAGUGUAUAGCUAUAUAGGCUGUGUGCUGUGAAUACUACAGAUAUGUAACUAGUGUACAGUUGGUGACUCGUUGACGAGAAUAAAUAUAUUUUAAAUCUGUG